AUCUACCAACUACCAAUAUUGAAAUACACACGUGCGGAGAAAUGGCGGAUUACGACGAAAAGUGUGAAAACUGUUCGUUCGAUUCUGGCGAGGAUAAACAAAAGGGAGUUUGUCUUAUAAAAAAAGAGUUUAUUAUCGAAGAUCACUUGAGACAUUUAAACGAGCAACGUUUGACAGAGACAGAUAAAGAGAAAAUAUCUGUGAGUGCAAGCACAAAAGAUGCAGAUACAUCAUUGUUGGAUGAAACACCUGUUAAAAAACUCAGACUGGAUGACAAGAAGGAGAAGCUCAGGGGUCAAAAUAAGGCCAGGCCGGUACCAUUUAAAAUUUCCAGAGAAUUGCACCUGUGUCCUUGGGUUGCGGAUCAAACAGCAGAUGAGUCUGAAAAAAAAUGCCUGAAUCAACGUUGUACAUUUUUGCAUGAUAGGAAGGAGUAUUUGAAAAUCAGACCAAAAGACAUCGCUGCAGAAUGCCAUCUUUUCAAUUUGACUGGCAAGUGUCCGAGAGGAAUUACAUGCAGAAUGGGUUCGCGACAUUUAACGGAGGGUGGCUUCAAUGUUAUUGACGAAAAGAAAUUCGAAGAAUAUAUGAAUCGUCCACCAGCCAUAAGAAAUCACUUAUCCAAGGAUCUUCAAAACAAAUUACGCAAACACAACUUUAAUUUCUCCAAGGCGGAAGCGAUUGUCAAAGUUAACGAUCCAUCCAAAAAUAAGACACAACUAUAUAGUUCGGAUAAUGAAACAGAGGACAAAAUACAAAUGAAUAAUUUUAAUUGUGAUAACUCAAGUAAUAGUACAAAGGAAUUGAAACUCGGACCUGUGGAUGACAGCGAUCUAAUUAGAUUACGACAGGCAGAGAAAAAGAGGAUUGAUUGGAAUGGCAAAAUACUGUUGAGUCCUUUAACCACAGUGGGCAAUCUACCGUUUCGAAGGAUUUGCAAAGAGUAUGGGGCCGACAUCACUUGUGGCGAGAUGGCAUUGGCGCCGAAGAUACUAAAGGCUGCGAAAGAAGAGUGGGCGUUAGUGAAGCGACAUGAGAGUGAGGAUAUCUUUGGUGUACAGCUUUGCGGUAAUAAUCCAGGAGUACUAACGCGAUGCGCUCAAUUGUUGAAUCAGGAGAUUGACGUGGACUUCAUCGACUUGAAUCUCGGUUGCCCGAUCGAUCUAAUUUACAGGAAGGGCGGCGGUAGUGGUAUGCUUAAUCGACUACAUGUACUCGAGAGCGUGGUAAAGUCUAUUAGUCAAGUGUUGGAUAUACCGUUGUCUAUUAAGACCAGAACUGGAGUCUAUAUGGAUAAACCGAUCGCACAUAAGUUAAUGCCGAGAUUUCGAGACUGGGGUGCAUCUAUGAUUACUGUUCACGGCAGGUCCCGUGAACAAAGAUAUACGAAACUGGCCGAUUGGGACUACAUAGAGAAGUGCGCUAUAGCGGCGCAACCAAUACCCGUGUUCGCAAAUGGCGAUAUCCUGUCCUUCGACGACUACCAGCGAAUGAAAAAGAUCUGCAGUACGGUGCAGGGCAUCACUAUCGGACGCGGAGCGUUGAUUAAGCCAUGGAUCUUCACCGAAAUAAAGGAGAGAAGAUUGAUCGAUAUAUCAAGCACUGAGAGAUUUGAUAUUCUCAAGAAAUACGCAAAUUACGGGCUUGAACACUGGGGAUCCGAUACACGUGGCGUUGAAACCACCAGAAGAUUCAUGUUGGAGUGGAUCUCUUUUCUUCAUAGAUAUGUUCCUGUUGGAAUUCUGGAAAGGCCGCCACAAAGAAUUAACGAGAGGCCGCCAUACUAUAGAGGUCGCGAUGAUAUGGAAACAUUGAUGGCCAGUUCUAAUUGCGCCGAUUGGGUGAAAAUAUCCGAGAUGUUGCUCGGAAAAGUGCCUGAUGAAUUCCAUUUUUUACCAAAACAUAAAGCAAAUUCGUGGAAGUAAAAUCUUUACAGAAAAAAAAUCAUAGAGAAACGUUCUUGAAUCGAAUAAUGUUCUUGUACAAUUUUUCGCAACAAAC